GCUCAAAUUAUAUACUUUGCUGUUCCUUAUAACCAGCCUACAUUUCCAGCAGGAAAAAAAAAAAAAAAGAAAAAGAAAAUAGGGGGACCCCACUCUUUCUUUCUUUCUAAACUUUGAUAUAACUGUGUGUAUCUGUGUGUGUAGGAGUGUGUAUGCCUCAUUGUCAUGUGGUUUAGUUUCAAGAAUCUACUAUAUAUACUGACUUCUACACAUGUAAAAGUGUUUUGUGUCUCUCUUUUGUGAUUUGUGUCUAUCUUCUUGUUUGUUCAAGUUGUGAUCUUACAGAGACUAAAGAACAUUGCUUUAGGGCCUUUGGGGAAAUACCCAAGAUUUUUAGUUAUUGUAGUUGGGAUUUGGAGGACCAUUUUCAGAAAGAUUUUGAAUUUGAGCUUAUAAGUCAUUUUCUUGGGAAAAUUUAGUUGCUUUUUGGAAAAAUCAAGAAGUUUGGGAGAAGGGGAAGGGGGGUAUUACAAGAACUGCAUGAAGAAGAACCAGAACUGAAACAAUGAGAGAUGGGAAUUCCAAGAAAAGCAAGCUCUCCUGGUCAAAAUCACUUGUUAGGAAGUGGUUCAACAUAAAGUGCAAAACUGAGGAAUUUGAAGCAGAUGAUGUAAAUGAAGGUGUUAAUGUGGAAUGCAGGAAAAGCUUCUCUGAAAGAGAGCCAUGUACAAUCAAGAAGAGUAAAACAGAUAACUUUAGUAAGUCCUCUGAUCGUGUCCGGAAAGGAAGAGUUGAUCUUGACCAUCCUCAGGUGAUAAAUGUGCAGAACUAUAGUAUUUUUUCAGCUACCUGGAAUGUGGGGGGAAAAUCUCCUUCAAGCAGUAUGAACCUAGAUGAUUGGCUUCUUGCCUCACCUCCUGCAGACAUUUAUGUACUUGGAUUUCAAGAAAUAGUUCCUCUGAACGCCGGUAAUAUUUUGGGUGCUGAAGACAAUGGCCCUGCUAAAAAAUGGCUAGCUCUAAUUCGCAAAACCUUAAAUAAUCGUCCCGGAACAAGUGGAGGAAGUGGACGUUAUACACCUUCUCCUAUCAUCGAUCCUAUUGUUGAAUCAGAUGCUGACUUUGAGGGAUCAACCAGGCAAAAGAACUCAUCGUUCUUCCAUCGUAGAUCAUUUCAGGCACCCCGGUACUGGAGAAAUGAUUGUGACUAUACAAGCUCUCAACCUCAACUUGAUCGAAGAUUUAGUGUCUGUGACCGAGUGAUGUUUGGCCAUAGGCCAAGUAAUUAUGACCCCAACUUUAGGUGGGGUCAGAGGCCAAGUGAUUAUUCUUCGAGUCACAGGCCAAGUGACUAUUCUUCAAGUCACAGGCCGAGUGAUUACUCAUCAAGUCGCAGGCCAAGUGAUUAUUCCUCAGUUCAAAGGUCAAGUGACUAUUCUUCAAGCCGCAGAGCAAGCGACUAUUCCUGGGGUCAGAGGCCAAGUGACUAUUCCAGAUGGGGAUCCUCUGAUGAUGAUUACGGGCCUGGAGAUUCACCUAGCACUGUUUUAUCCUCACCAAUGUUUAAUGGCGUGUCUGCACCAGUGGAAGACGGGUACUGCUUAGUUGCAAGCAAGCAAAUGGUUGGGGUUUUUCUUACAAUAUGGGUGAGAAGCGAUUUAAGGGAGCAUGUCAGAAACUUGAAAGUAUCUUGUGUUGGUAGAGGUUUAAUGGGUUAUCUUGGAAAUAAGGGGUCCAUCUCAGUGAGCAUGAUGUUGCAUCAAACAAGCUUCUGCUUCGUCUGCAGCCAUUUGACCUCGGGACAGAAGGAAGGCGAUGAGCUAAGGAGGAAUUCUGAUGUCAUGGAGAUCCUAAAGAAGACGAGAUUUCCACAAGUUCGCAGCGUCUGUAUUGACAAGUCCCCAGAAACAAUUCUUCAACAUGAUCGAAUUAUCUGGCUCGGAGACCUGAAUUAUCGAAUUGCUCUUUCCCACCGAACAGCGAAAGCUCUAGUCGAAAUGCAAAAUUGGAGAGCUCUGUUAGAGAAUGACCAGCUGCGAAUAGAGCAGCGUAGGGGUCGUGUGUUUGAAGGGUGGAAGGAAGGUAAAAUAUACUUCCCACCUACAUACAAGUAUUCAAAUAAUUCAGACAGAUACACUGGUGAAAAUAUGCACCCAAAAGAGAAACGAAGAACACCUGCAUGGUGCGAUCGAAUCUUGUGGUUUGGAGGAGGUCUCCAUCAAAUGUCUUAUGUGCGAGGGGAAUCUAGAUUCUCCGACCAUAGACCAGUUUACAGCAUAUUUUGGGCUGAGGUUGAGUCCUCAAGUAGUGGUUUACGGAGAAGCACGAGUUGUUCGACCUCCAGGAUAGAGGCAGAGGAGUUGUUGCCAUACUCGAAUGGUUACACUGAACUUUGCUUUUUUUAACAGUUUGCGCCUCUGCGUUGCAGGCAGAUAUUAUAAUUUGGUGGCACAAUUUUGAAGGUUGAUGGAGACAUUUUUAUAUACUCAUACUGAAAAAAAAAACUCUAACAGAACUGCUAACUUAUUCCAAGCUAGAAGAGAUCACAUUUAAACCAUUAUUUCCGGUUCAACAACCAAUUGCAACAUAGACUAACGAAGUCCCACUUCACGGGAUCUCAAGUUCCCUUCAAGUUCUUAAGGUUGAACUUAAUUGAUCAGAGAUAGCCAAGUGGGUAACUGAUGAAGAGUUUAUUCAAGAUUCUUUUGUGAACUGUACAAACCUAACUGCCUGGAAGAGAAUGGAGUUUGUGAAAAUAAUCAUUAGGCUUCAACUUUUUGUUUUAAAUGAAGAGAGAACUGGGGAGUGAUGUGUACAUUAAAUCUGACUGUAUAUACACACUCUUUUUCUAUAGUAGUAAAGAGUUUGAAAAAUAUGAUUCUAAGAAGUCCUCUUGUUGUUUCUUUAUCUGUUGAUGAUCUACUGUAAAAGCUGUUUGUUGUUCA